CAGAUAUUGACAUUUGAUAAAACAACUCAUAAAAAGCGAUCAACUUAUUGAAAUUGUCCAUCCCAACCUGCCAAGAUGCCAAAAGAAAGAGUGGCAAAGAAAUCAAGACAGCAUACACAAGCUACAAAGCAAGGGAUAAAUUUUAACAAGUCAUUUGGUCAACAUAUUUUGAAAAAUCCACUAAUAGUAAACAGUAUGAUUGACAAGGCUGGUUUAAGGGCUACUGAUGUAGUUUUAGAAGUUGGACCUGGUACUGGUAACAUGACAGUUAAAUUGUUAGAAAAAGUAAAAAAGGUUAUAGCAUGUGAAGUGGACCCUAGGUUGGCUGCUGAAUUACAUAAAAGAGUCCAGGGAACACCAUUAGCCAGUAAACUACAGUUAAUAGUGGGAGAUGUUUUGAAAACACCAUUACCUUUUUUUGAUGUCUGUGUGGCUAAUCUUCCAUAUCAGAUUUCCUCUCCAUUUGUAUUUAAAUUAUUGUUACACAGACCUUUCUUCAGAUGUGCAGUGUUGAUGUUUCAACAAGAAUUUGCUGAGAGGUUGGUUGCUAAACCAGGAGAGAAAUUAUACUGUAGAUUAUCUAUGAACACACAGUUAUUAUCUAGAGUCAGCCAUUUAAUGAAGGUUGGUAAGAAUAAUUUUCGACCUCCACCGAAAGUAGAGUCCAGUGUAGUCAGAAUAGAGCCUCGAAAUCCUCCACCUCCCGUCAAUUUUCAGGAGUGGGAUGGUUUAAUCAGAAUUUGUUUCUCCAGAAAAAAUAAAACAAUAGGAGCCUCUUUUAGAUUUACCAAGAUUUUAGGGUUAUUAGAAAAGAAUUAUAAAAUACACUGUUCUCUACAUAAUAAGACAAUACCAGAAAACUUUGAUAUAAAAGAGAAAGUCAAUGAAAUGAUUGAGGCUAGUGGGUUUGAGAAGAAAAGAGCCAGAUUUAUGGAUAUUGACGAAUUUUUACAGUUAAUGAAUAUGUUCAACAAAGAAGGCUUUCAUUUUGCUUAGAGACUGGAUUGAUCUGAAAUAUAGACUUGAUUGUUCUUCAUUGAAUAUGUUACUGUCACCGACAAUUGAUGUAGUCUAAUGAUGUAGUCUACGUUGUCAAUUAAUGGACAAUGGUUCAAUGUAUUUUGUUGUUAUUUUGUUUUUGUAUAUAAAUUAAUCUGUGGAAUGUGGAAAGCAUUCUGAAGUCUGUUCCAACUUGUUUUUUUUUGAAUGUCUAGUUGAUUCUAUGAAUCCCGAAUGUGCAGGAUUACCUGUAGAGUGGGCUCCAAAAGGCAUAAAUUUUGUAGUGGAGCCAAUCAAUGUUGUUUGCAUUUAUAGAUCUAAGCACCUCAAUUAGGCCAUUCAUGUGGUUGAAAAGAGUAAUAAGGCAGAAUAUAGUAGUAUUAUAAAUAGUUUAAUUUAUCUGUAUAUUUAUAGGUAUAGAUACAUUAUUAUAUUAUAAUAAAGACUUUUAGAAAUACAAUCAACAUAUAACACAGACUUAAUAAAUCAUUUAACAAUAUUACACAUUCACGAAAUGCUUCAUAGACAUCGUGAACAAGAACCUUUCCUGAUAAAGUUUCCUUUAAUGUAUCUUCGAACAAAGAUUUUCUUUCACAACAGCUGAUAUAUAAAACAAAACAGCUUUGCUCUGGGUAGAAUAAAUGAAAGGAAGUCAUUCAAUCCAGACCUAUAUUGUGUUCAUACAAUAGAUUAUUUGUAUCUGUUUUGAACAAUAUUCAGAUAUUCAUAUCUUGGACUAUCAAUUAAUAUUAAUUUGUAUCUCAUUGACAGUCAUUAAAAAAUCAUUCAAUUAUUAUUAAAGGGAGAUAAAUGUACACAACGUAUAAAUUUUUAUAAUGGAUACUGUACAAUUCUCUCUGUCCAUAGAUACAAUAGGGAAUUUAUUAUAAAAUACACUAUAUGAUAUAUUAUAAAUCUUACUGUCCUUAGAUACAAAUUAGUAUAAUGCAUAUUAUAUAUACAUCUUAAAGAAACAAUAAAAUUGUACAUAGUUUACAUGUAUCAUUUAUCAUCAUACAUAGAUUCCUCAGAUAAUAUUCUUGUGUAUUAUAAAUAUACAUUUUCUUAUCAAUUGAUAUAUUUAUGUAUGGUCGAAAAAAAAACCUGGAAAAAUGUUUUCUUUUUAAAUUGAUAUAGAAAUUUUUGACAUUGAUUCCAAUAUAGCAGAAUGAGCCUUAAUUAAUAAUUUGUAUGUUUGCCAUGGUUUGAAUUGAAUUAACAUUUUUCAUUUGCAGAAAAGACCUAAAAAAUAACAGACAAUAUUGCAGUUGUAAUCAAAAUUGGCCUGAUAGAUAUACAUGUAUUCAUAUAAGCAAAAAUGUGUCAUAAAUAGAGGCGUAUAUAAUCUAUUUGCAUAGUUAAAUCACGAUUAGAUUUGGAGGAAGGGUUGGUAAGUAAAUAACCUCUUUUUUUUUUUGUUCAUUAUGGCAGAUAAUAUCUAAGCAUAUAUAUUCAUAAUUCAUAUCUCUAUAUUCAUUUUAUAUCGUCUUAUAUCACCAAAAUACACAUAUAUAUCUCUAUAAUAUAUUUUGUACAGGUCAAUAUCUCCAAUAUUUCGCAUUGUCAUAAUAAUCAUAUAUAUCACCAAUAAAAUCUCUAAUAAACAUAUAUAUAUUUAUACAAUAAUAUUUAAUAUCGUACAAAAUUUUUGUAUUUGAAAAUAAUUACUAUAUUUACAGAGUAUUUUAAUUUGGGUGAACACUAUUUAUCUGUCACUUUUUAAUAUCUGUCAAUUCAGUUAUGUAAUUAAUACAGCUC